AUGAAGACGGCCAGCCGGGCCCAGCCACGUGGCAGCCCCCCGCUGGUCCAGAUGAGACGCUACACGCCCGGGGUGUAUCCUUUCCUCUUCCCCUCGGUCAUCAGCUCGCUGCCUCUGCCCCUGCCCCCGUCGCCCCAGAGGCUGCAGAUCCAGCAGCCGUCCAGCAGCGGCAGCACACCGUCGCCUGUCGCCAUUGAAACGCAGAGCACCAGUUCGGAAGAGCUAGUCCCCAGUCCCCCAUCCCCGCCGCCCCCUCCGAGAGUCUACAAGCCCUGCUUCGUGUGCCAGGACAAGUCCUCUGGUUACCACUAUGGCGUCAGUGCCUGUGAGGGCUGCAAGGGCUUUUUCCGCAGAAGCAUCCAGAAGAACAUGGUGUACACGUGUCACCGGGACAAGAACUGCAUUAUCAACAAGGUGACAAGGAACCGGUGCCAGUACUGCCGCUUGCAGAAGUGCUUCUCAGUGGGAAUGUCCAAAGAGUGUGGCUCAGACCGUCAAGACCUUGAGGAGCCCUCCAAGGUGGACAAGCUCCAGGAGCCCCUGCUGGAAGCUCUCAAGAUUUACGUGAGGAAGCGUCGGCCCAGCAAGCCCCACAUGUUCCCCAAGACCCUGAUGAAAAUCACUGACCUGCGGAGCAUCAGCGCUAAAGGUGCGGAACGUGUCAUCUCACUCAAGAUGGAGAUCCCGGGCUCUAUGCCUCCACUCAUCCAGGAGAUGUUGGAGAACUCAGAAGGCCAGGAUGGACAGGGUGGCGGUGGCGGCAGCGGCACCUUGGCGGAGGGGGGCAGCCCCAGCAGCAAGGGCAGCCCCAAAGAGGACAGCGUCCCACCAGAGUCCCCCGAGGCCUCUGACAACGACGAGGAAACCACACCCACGCCGCCCAGUAAGAAACCCUAG